GCACACACACACACAUGUACAAACAGGAAGUGAGUCAUUUUUGUGAACUUGUAUGUUAACGUCUUCCAUUUAAGUCAUUUGCACCAGAGACAUUAAAGCACCAACUGUCACCCCGGCUCCAAUGCAGACUGUGUGUGCAGUUUCGAGGGUACCGGAGCCCAUUCCUGAAAACUUUAAAAACAGAGGCCCCCUAAAUGCGGAGGCUCUAGAGGAGUAUGCUCAACACAUGGCAGAAAACAUUAUGCAUUCAUUCAUAUACCAAAUGGAAAAGAUGGAAUCUGAAGUGUCCUGCUGCGGUCGAGGCCAGGAGAUGUUAGCUGAAGAGCUAACGUUGGCAGUGAUAGAAAGGGCCCUGGAAGAAGUGUCAUUAGCUCAAAACGUCAAGGAUCAGAUAGGGGCUGAAUGCGACAAUGUUUCUUUUGUUGGAAAAUGUGAAGAGGAAGAAGAUUUGUUCGACACAGAUAUGGAUCAAUAUAUGGAAACCCAGAAUUUCAGAGCUCCUCGGCCCUCACAUCCCCCACUGUCCCAGUCAGGGCUUCCCAUUGUGGGAUCCCUGGACUACCCUGAUGCCCCUCCAACCACCCCUCUCGUCCCCGAGCUCGAGAGGAGCAGAAGCAGUUUUGCUCGGAAGCUGAAAGGAGGACUGGCGAAGGUUUUCUUGCCCUCUCCUCCGCCGUCAACUCCAAAAGACAAAGAGGAAAGCUCAGAUGGCGUCACCAAAAACCCUGAGGCCGAGCUGAUGGAACAUCUGAUGUACUCACUGUCCACUACUGAGCUGGCAAGAGACGCUUUUGAAGGAGGUUCUCAGCACGGAGCGAGCAUGGAUGCUUUUGCAGAGAUUCUGUCGUGUGAGAUCGUGGACUGGGUCCGGGAUGUCAAAAGUAGAAAGCAGAAACCACAUGAAAGCAGUGUUUAUCUGCUGGCGCAGCAAAUGGCUGAAACCAUCAUCGCCUCCUCGCUUGAUAAAACUAAAUUGCAUGUUUAGCAGUUUAACUUCACAUGUGAUGACUGAAACUUUCCUCUAACUGUGGCUCGAUUUGAAAUAACAAAUUGUUUCUUUUUCUGCAAUGUGUUACAAUAAAAGCUCAUCAAGAUGAAAACUUGACUUUUGUAGCGAUAACUCACUUA